CAGUCAGUGCAAGCUGAGAGAGGGUGUACACUGUAUAAUAUAACAAUACGUGUAUAUAGGCCUAUAUAACAAUACUUUGCACACACAUAUAUAUAUAUAUAUAUAUGUCAGUACAGUGAACUUCAAGUUUUCUUUUGUUGAACAAAAGCAACGAUUAUUUCCAAGAUGGAUAGGCCUUAUAAAUAUGAGCGAGUCAUGGGCAACCGCCUGCAGCAAUCAAAAGGAUUCAAGAUCUUCAUCACAAUUUGGUGUUUUUUCGAGAACAUUCUUUUCGCGGGCCUCAGGGCAGGGUGGCCUGCCCUGGUGUACGUUCUGAAGCAAGAGGGGAUCUACCAGGACUUGUGUAUGCCGCCUACAGCAGUGUCCGGGGGUGGGGAGAAUGUCUUACUACACAACAAAACGAAUAGCGCACAGACAAAUGCGAAGAUCCAAGCGUCAGUGUCGGCCAAACGAGGUCAGUAUGAAACUUCGACUGUUGGUUCCAACAACACUUUAAUAAGUACCGUUCUCUAUUCGGUUUUUAACCAAUCAGCGUUAGGACACAGCGAAGGAUUUCCUCCACGUUCAGUAGACGAUGCAAUAGUGGAAAUAGUUACGCCGAUGACUCAGCAUAUGCCAUCAUUUGGACAAGAGAUGCUUUCAGUCAAUCAGACGGCAGAUUACAACUCAACAUGGCUGAAUCCCAAUGUGAACUCGACGCUGAUUGGCUGUAUGGAGCAGGAUGCUGUGUUCAACCAAUGUUUUACCGUCGCGUCUGCAACGAUGUCACUGAGUGCGUUGAUGUACGGACAGCUCAACUACAAGUUUGGUAUUCGGGCGCCCAGAGUUCUGUCCGUGUUCAUAUUUGUCAUGGGAGCUCUCUGCAUCGCAUUCUUAGAUCAAGAUUGCAUACGAGCAGGGAGUCUCUCUUCAGCUGUCCUUCCUGGUCCUGGGUGGUCUCUACGUCAGCACGAUGGUCAGCACUUUCUUUUUCCUCCCUCGACACUUCAUCAGCAACAGCAAAGACGACAGCAAAACGACAGUGGAGAAAAACGAGGAUGUCCACGACUAUGACAAGCCGUCGACAUUGCCCGACAACAUCUACGUCAUCGAUAACAACUCUUUGCCAGACAAAAGCGCUGACGACAUGGUGGUGGUGGAAGAUGGCGCACACGCUGUCGUUAUUCAUCCUGAGAAAAAUUCGGAACAGGUUGGAGUCUAUCCUUCUUUACAACUUGAGAAAAGCGUUGAUGGAUUAGCGAUCGGAGUCAAUGGGUCUUCAAAAAGUAUAGAGGUAAACGGCGUGACGAAAGACACGGAGAAGGAGCGGAGCGAUAAGAUGACGUCAAGAAAAGGGAUCGGCAAAAAUGGUGCGUCUGGAAAGGGGAGGAGCUUAUUGCAAUGUUUUCUCUCUCGCACGUUUCUGUUGUACUUGUUCUGGGCGGCUGUGGUUCAAGUCAUUCUGGCCAUGUGUCUGGGCACGUUCAAUCCCUGGCUCGUCUAUGUCACCAACCAUAACGUAAAUGAAGGUAUUUGGGUUUUUAGGCCUGCUCGGAGUUGUGUCCCUUGCGCACCCGUUGUACCUGUAUUGGAAAGGGAGACGACUGGCCAAAUCAAACUUUGUCGCCUCACCCAACUGACAUCCUGUGUAUAGUGGAGCCUCAAGACCUCUUUUUAAAUGAGUUUCAACGUUUUACUGACUCAAUCUCGAUCAAGGACAGGGGGUGGGAUGCUUUGUUUUGGCCUUGUCUGUCAGGGCCAAUGCGUCUGAGUGGAAAAUAAAACUAUCAUCCCAGCAGCUGGGCUGAGAGGAAAUAUCCCCACCCGGGAAUGGAACUCACAUCUUGUGUGAGAAGCGGCGAGUUAAAGAAUCUGUACUUUUAAUGAUAAUAAUCUCAGUUACUUUGAUUACAGCAAGAUCAUAUCCUUAAAUAUAAUUAUUGUUGGCAGUAUUGGUUGUGUGAUACACUGCGAUUUUAAAGUGGACCUCCGCCCCCUCUCCCUUUUUUCCGCAAAAAGAAACGACCAAGAAAACUAGCAGAUCACAAAAUCUCUUGUUUACACCAUUUUUGGGACUGGUGUUGGUAGGCCUUUUUUUUUGUUGAGUACAUCCUCUGCUUGUGGGAAAUUUGCAUCCAACCCAGACUGGGUUUUCUCUGACAGGAAGGGGUGAAGCAGCCCAUCUUCUAAAUAACAAGUCUAUUGGGUCUGUAAUGGAACAAGUGCAUAUUGACAGUAAAAGCUACCUCCACGCCGACAGAAAUUCCUUGUGCAUGAUGUAUGCUAGGGGGAACCACACUUAUUUGUUUCCUCAAACUUAGUACAAGUCAACCUUUUUACAGUCAGCGCUCACUUUCACCUCGUUUUCGAAGUUAACAUCUUGGUAUCUAUCACCUACUUGUACCUAUAGUAUGUAUUUCCAAGCAGGGCAUUCAAUAAUACUCGGGUGC